UAUGACAAGCUGUGUCAUAAAUUAUAACAGCUUCUCUCAGGACACGUGGCCAGGAAGUGGGUGAUUGUCCUUAAUGACCCUCACUACUCUCUCCCCACUUCCCAGAUACUCUGACCCAUGGAACCCCUGGGCCCAGCCAAGCCACAGUGGCCGUGGCGCCGCUGUCUGGCUGGGCUGCUGUUUCAGCUGCUGGUGGCUGUGUGUUUCUUCUCCUACCUGCGUGUGUCCCGAGACGAUGCCACUGGAUCCCCUAGGCCAGGGUUCAUGGCGGUGGAACCUGUCACUGGGGCUCCCAAUGGGUCCCGCUGCCAGGAUAGCAUGGCAACUCCUGCCCGCCCCACCCUCCUGAUCCUGCUGUGGACGUGGCCUUUUAACAAACCCAUGGCUCUGCCCCGCUGCUCAGAGAUGGUGCCCGGCGCGGCCGACUGCAACAUCACUGCUGACUCCAAUGUGUACCCACAGGCAGACGCGGUCAUCAUGCACCACUGGGAUAUCAUGCACACCCCCGGUGCCAACCUCCCGCCCCCCACCAGGCCGCAGGGGCAGCGCUGGAUCUGGUUCAGCAUGGAGUCCCCCAGCAAUUGCCAGCACCUGGAAGCCCUGGACGGAUACUUCAAUCUCACCAUGUCCUACCGCAGCGACUCCGACAUCUUCACACCCUACGGCUGGCUGGAGCCAUGGUCCGGUCAGCCUGCCCACCCACCGCUCAACCUCUCGGCCAAGGCCGAGCUGGUGGCCUGGGCGGUGUCCAACUGGGAGCCGGACUCGGCCAGGGUGCGCUACUACCAGAGCCUGCAGGCCCAUCUCAAGGUGGAUGUGUACGGGCGUUCCCACAAGCCCCUGCCCCAGGGGACCAUGAUGGAGACGCUGUCCCGGUACAAGUUCUACCUGGCCUUCGAGAACUCCUUGCACCCCGACUACAUCACCGAGAAGCUGUGGAGGAACGCCCUGGAGGCCUGGGCCGUGCCCGUGGUGCUGGGCCCCAGCAGAAGCAACUACGAGAGGUUCCUGCCGCCCGACGCCUUCAUCCACGUGGACGACUUCCAGAGCCCCAAGGACCUGGCCCGGUACCUGCAGGAGCUGGACAAGGACCACGCCCGCUACCUGAGCUACUUUCGCUGGCGGGAGACGCUGCGGCCUCGCUCCUUCAGCUGGGCACUGGAUUUCUGCAAGGCCUGCUGGAAACUGCAGCAGGAAUCCAGCUACCAGACGGUGCGCAGCAUAGCAGCUUGGUUCAACUGAGGCCAGCGUGGGGCCUGGGCUUCCGGGACCUCAUUUUCCCAGGGCCUCACCUACCUAGGGUCUCACUAGUCUGGAGAUUUACCUGCCUGGGCUGUCACCUGCCUGGGCUCUCACCUGCCUGGGCUGUCACCUGCCUGGGCUGUCACCUGCCUGGGCUCUCACCUGCCUGGGGUCUCACCUGCCUGGGCUGUCACCUGCCUGGGGCCUCACCUGCCUGGCGUCUCACCUGCCUGGGCUGUCACCUGCCUGGGCUGUCACCUGCCUGGGCUGUCACCUGCCUGGGGCCUCACCUGCCUGGGCUCUCACCUGCUGGAGUCUUUGGUGGCCAGGCAUGUGACUUACCUGGGAUUUCACAUACUGGGCUUCCCCACUGCCAGGAGCCUCCCCUGCUGGGGACCUUGCCAGCUGGGUCUGGGGACGGUGCCUACUGGGGACCUUGCUUGCUGGAGGCUGCACCUACUGAGGAUCUCGGCUGUCGGGGACUUUACCUGCUGGGACCUGCUCCCAGAAACCUUGCCACACUGAAUGUCACCUGCUAGGAGCCUCACCCGCUGGGAGGCACAGGGCCCAAGGGAGCUGGAUAUGUUGCCCAAGGUGUGCAGGGCAGGUCAGGGAAGCGCAGGGUCCCCUAAGGAGGAGGGCGAAGGGUUUGUGUGUGACCAUCAGCAGUGGUGUGCACAUGGCUGGGGGGACACUCAGUGUAACCGCCAGCGGGUGAGUGUCACAAAUGCAUCACUGUAGGUGUGACCUCGGCGUGACUCUGACAGUGCCUGUGGAUGUGUUGUGAUGCCUCACCCUGGAGGGCACUGGGCCCUGAGAACUGGUGCCCUGGAGGCCCUGCCCCCAGGCGGUGGUGCAGGCUGGUUCACUUGUGGUUUUAUUGCUGUUGUUAACCACCCAUGAGGGGUGCAAACAGAUAAUGCUGUUAUUGUCAGACGAAUGCUUCAAGGAAAGCUCCUGUGUCCCCCCUCACUCUAGAACAGUGGUUCUCACGUAGGGCAAUUCUAUCCCCAAGGGCACUUGGCAAUGUCCAGAGACAUUUUCAGUUGUCACAGCCAGGGGAGGAGGAUGAGGUGACCUAGUGGGUAGAGGCCAGGGUUACUCCAAACCUCCUACGAUGCACGAGUUGGGGCCCCUACAACCAACAAUGAUGGUUCCAAAUGUCCAGGGGCAGAAAACCCUGUUCUAGAACUUUCUAUGACUCUAGAGGUCAAGCCCCUUGGGGGAGGCAUUCAGAUCCCUCGGAGGUCCUCUCUUUCAGCUGGCUCCCUUGGGCAGGCUCUGGCACCCACCCAGAAGUGAAAGUCUUUUUUCUGAAGAUCUCAGGUCAAGAACUCCAAAGUCAGGCAAGCCCUGCAUAGAGCCCUGCUCCACCACUUAGGGGCUGCAGGUGGUUUCUGACUGUAAAUGAGGAUGUCUGGAACAUUCCAGAACAUUCUGGAACAUUCUGGGCUUGGGAGAAAUUGCUGCUCUCUGGAGAAUGCCAAGGGGGACCUGGUGGUGGAAGGUGGUGGUGAAUCCCAGGUGCUCUCUGAGCCUCAAUCUCCCCAUUUGCACAGUGGACAUGCAGGCUCUGAGGGCUGAGGACUGGGGCCCACACUCUCCAGGAGUGAAGGUGGGCAGGGCUGGGAUAAAGGGACCCUCUCUGCCCAGGGUACAGGGUCCAAGGGAGCUGGAUGUGUUGCCCAAGGUGUGCAGGGCAGGUCAGGGAAGGGCAGGGUCCCCUAAGGAGGAGGGUGAAGGGUAUGUGUGUGACCGUCAGCAGUGGUGUGCACAUGGCUGGGGGACACUCCGUGUGACCGCCAGCGGGUGGGUGUCACCAACGCAUCACUGUGGGUGUGACCUUGGCGUGACUCUGAUAGUGCCUGCAGAUGUGUCGCGAUGCCUGCCUGUGACUCUAUGUGGGUGUUCAUAGGUGGCGGUGAUUGUGAGUGUGAGAUGGAAUGUGUGGCCCUGGGAGUGAGGCUUUGAGUGUUGGAUGGAGCAGGGGCCCCUCUCUGAGUGUGCCAGGCUCUCCGAGUCUGUGUGUGUCUCUGUGUAGACUGUGCAAGGCUGUGUCUGCAUGGACCUCUGUCCUUGGGUGUGGUGAAGUGGGCUGUGUGUGGCCACGUGUGGGACUUUUAAGCUGUGUCUGCAAGUGGCUGUGACCAUGUGUGUGGCCUUGUGGACGAGCAGGGAGAGGCGGGGUUCUUAAAAGUAUUACAGGAGGGGAAACUGAGGCCCACAGAGGUCCAGGGACCCAGGCCAAACAUUCCAGCCUGUAGAGGGGGUAUGCAGAGACCCUGAGGGGUGGUGGGAGGAUCAGCAUGACCUCAGCCUCCUGAAGAAGGUGCUGGCAGUGGCUCCACUCUACAGAGGAGGUGGCUGAUGCCCAGAGAAGUUGAGGAACUCACUCAAGGCCACACAGCUGCCAGAGGUGAAAGUCAGUUUUCUGAAGAUCUCAGGGUCAAGAACUCCAAAGUCAGGCAAGCCCCGCAUAGAGCCCUGCUCCACCACUUAGGGGCUGCAGGUGGCUUCUGACUGUAAAUGAGGAUGUCUGCACCAUUCCGGAACAUUCUAGUGUUGGGGGAAAUUGUUGCUCUCUGGAGGAUGCCAUGGGGGACCUGGUGGUGGAGGGUGGUGGUGACUCCCAGGUGCUAUCUGAGCCUCAGUUUCCCCAUUUGUACAGUGGACAUGCAGAGGUGCCUGUGAUGACUCCCCUAGGCCCAGGUGGGAGGGUGGAGGGGCAUAGGGUGGGGAAGGUGUGGGGGGACUGGAGAAUCUCUGCCAAAUCCCCUGGUGACCCCGGGCCUGAGCCAGCCUCGCUGGGCCCAUCACUCACCUGCCACCCACACCACACACCUGGGCCCCUCUCCCCACCGCCUGGCUGCAAGUCAGGGGUCCCGGGAGGGGAUCGGGGCCCUCGGGAGGCCAGGCCAGGGCUUCCUAACAGGGUGGUGUGGGGCCAGUCCCCUGGGGGUAAGGAGUUGGAGUGGGAGCAGGCUGCUCUGUUCCCUGACGCCCCUGGAGCACCCGUAGUCUCCGCCUCUACCUGAACUGAUGUCAGAGUGAACAGCUCCCUUUCCCAACUUCUCUUUUUCUCCCUCUGGAAUUUCCGCUGAAGCUUAGAGGGACGUGGAAACCCUCCUUGGGUCCCACAAGGGCAGAGGCCCAGCCACCUGGCCAACAUUGGGGGACCCUGGCCUGCCCCCUCUGGAUCCCCAGGACCGCCCCAAACUGCCAUUGCCUCCCUGUAUGUCCCGGCGGAUCUCACAUGUGGUUCAUGGCACACCCAGCCCACCCUGUGGGGCCUUCUCCCUCCUCCUGACUGGCAGCUGCCCUUGGCUCCCAGCCCUGGGCCCCAGGGGGAGAAAAAUUUCCAUCAGGCUGGCAGCUCCAUCACCCACCCAGCCCAGGCUAAGGGAGGAGCUGGGGGGUCUGAUGAGGGCAGAGACCCCAAUGAGGAGGUCCUCGUGAUCCCCCACUCUGGGCUCUGGGCUCAGCUGUGGGUAAUGUGGGCCGGGUGCGGUGGCUCACGCCUGUAAUCCCAGCACCAUGGGAGGCCGAGGUGGGCAGAUCAUCUGAUGUCAGGAGUUCGAGACUAGCCUGGACAACAAGGCGAAACCCCAUCUCUACUAAAAAUACAAAAAUUAGCUGGGUGUGGUGGCGGGCACCUGUAAUCCCAGCUACUCGAGAGGCUGAGGCAGAAGAAUCACUUGAACCCGGGAGGUGGAGGUUGCAGUGAGCCAAGAUCGCGCCAUUGCACUCCAGCCUGGGUGACAGAGACUCCA